UAACGCAUCCGCUGGUUUGAUGAGCGAUUGAUUUGAUUGCUCCACCGCCGCCUCCGCUUCUGUGUUUUCUCCGUCCGUCCGUCCGUCCAGUCCAACGCCUCGCAUGUCCCCGGCCCGUCCAGCACCCCUGACCGCUCCCGGGUUUUGUACCGCUCCCGUUGGUUCUUCUUCCUCCUCCUCCUCCUCUUCCUCUUCGCUUGCGAUCGAUCUCCUACGCUCGAUCCAAAAACAAAAAAGAAGAAGGAAAGAAAAAAGGAAACGGCAGCGAGGCAGCAGACGGAGAGCGUGUGGGCUCUUGAUUAUCUUUGGAUUGAUUGAUGAGCCGCGCCCGUUGCCCGAGGCCGCUAGUGGCGAACCCGUGAGCCCGUGACGCCCUGCUCCCUCCCUGCUUCCUUCCUCUGCCCCCGCCUGCUCUGCUUCCCUCGGCUCGGUGCCCUGCUCAUCGCCUUUCCCACCAGGAUCCCAUUUCUUUUCUCUUUUCUCUCCUCCCGCCGGCCGUCCUCCCUUCCCCUCUCCUCAGCCGCAGAGCGUCGGCGGCCUCCAAGCGCUGGCUGGUGGUGUCUUUCUAGGCAAGAAACAAUCCCUCGGUUUCCACGCACGCUUUGGUGGACUUUACCCUUUCCUCUGCUUCCCUCCCCCCUGGUUUUCUGCCUGGCUGCGGAGGGUUUGGUGGGGGUUUGGGGGGCCUUUCCUGGCUGGCGGCGCAUCUAUGCAGCGAUUUCCUCCUCCCCCUCCUGCCAUUUCGGGUCCAGAUUGAUUCAUCCCCGCCCGGAUUUCGGUCAAUCAGAUCGCUCGCCACCCGUCUUCUCCCGUCCUCGGGGCCGGAAAUUUCCCCCCUUUCUCUCUAGGGGGCUCCGCCCCGCCCGCCCGCGCUCCGAUCGAUGGCGUCGUCCUGCAUCCCGACGGGCAUCCGGCUGCCGGACCUGGACAUGGUCAAGGCGGCGGCGGCGGCCGGGGCCGGGGUGGGGCCGCCGGGCGCGGGGCCGCUGCGGCCGGCGCACUCCUCGGCGUCCUCGGCGCUCUCCGACGCCUCCAACUCCUCCUCGGCCUCCUCGCUCUCGCUCAAGCGGGCGCGCACGCCGCGGAAGCGCCUCAACCAGACCUACAACGAGGCGGCCGCGCUGCUCGCCUCCAUGUACCCCUCCGUCUUCCCCGCCGGGGACAGGGCGCCGCCGUCGCCGAGGCUCCUCGGCCUCGCCUCCGCGCUCGCCGACGACCCCUCCCGCGCCGACCUCCUCCCGCCCUUCCCCGUCCUCGGCAACGCCGCCUGCCUCCUCCGCGACGCCGCGCCGAUGCAGUCGCCCACGCCGCGGAGCCCCGUGCUCGCCAGGGCCUGCCCGUCGCCGGCGGCCGUCAGCAGCGCCUUCACCGAGUUCCGCGACUCCGCGCCGUCCCCGGGGACCCCCGACGGCGCCGCCGGCGCGGACGGGCCCGGGGAGCUCGACUUUGAGGAUGAUGACGACAGCUUCGACGCAGACUCCUUCCUCCUCGGCGGCGCCGAUGAGGGCGCGGCGGCCGAGGGGAUCGACGGCAUCAUGGGCAAACUCAGUAUGGAAAACGGCAGCGAUGCUUCGACUAUCAACCGCGUCCUCUCCAGCUCCGGCAUAGACCCCUACAUCAGAAACCUCAUGGUGCUCGGGCUCGGGUUCCGGCGCUCACGGUCUAACAUCAAGCAGGCACUGAAGCGGCAGGACGAUGACAGCGAAUGGUGGAUGUGCCCUGCCAUCCCAUUGAAGGACAUUAUGCCAGUGCCUCCUCCAUCAAUGGCGCCGCCGCCGCCCCCGGUGGAGAAGAAAAAGAAGAAGACUAAGAAGAAGGCGUUGAAGGACAUAGCUGCCGGACCAUGCAUUACAUGUCUUAAGGAGGAAAUUCCUGACCCUGCUUAUGGGGAUGAUGGGAUUUUUGGACUGAAGGCGCCCAAGACAGGGUUGGGCCUGAGCCUCAACACCGAGGAGGUGCUCAAGGCGUGGUAUGACAGAGGCUCUGUGUUCGCUGACGGCAACAUACCUGAUGCGUCAUCCGCUGACUGGCUGGCUAAACUUUCAGAUAUUGAACUGUUUCUAGAGAAUGGUGCUGCCGGUGCUAUCAGGGAAGGCAGCGUACAGAAAUUGAAGCACAAGCAGAAGCAGUGCACGCCCCUCCUCUCAAAUAAGACUCGGUACCAAGCACGGAAGGUGCACGCCGAGUCUCGCCCUCGGGUCAAGGGGAGGUUUGUCAGCCAGGCGGCUCUUCUGCAGAAAGCCGGCGAGAAAGAGGCCUAGGGGAGGACAAUCUUGCUUGCUCCCAUGAACAUUUUGUCUUGGGAUUCAAUUUCACUCCCCGUAGAAGUGAAGCAGAUGACGGCUUCUUGUCUUUUUUCUUUUCUGCACUUCUGUGAUCAUGUAGAGAGGGUUAGGGGUUGCCUGUAGAGUAGCUUCUGAGGCUGCUGGUUAGUUUCCUAGUUCAGAUGCUGCUGAGGCAAAGAAGGCCGUAAGCCAAAAAACAUGGUAACAAUGGUACAGUGUCGUGGCAAUGACCAAAGUUCUUCUGCUA